UUUCAGAGUUUUAAAAAACUUGCUUGUGAGGACGAUCAGCGUGGGAUGGAUACUUAUAUUAUAGGUACCCCCGGCUUGAGAUUAUAUGCGUCGUGCCCCUCGUCCCUAUAAUCUUGUCUUCUUCAACCGGCUGAUUCCCCAACCAACAACGAACACUCCCGACAUCCCUCCUUCCUCCGCUUCGAUCGUCUCUUUUAAAAACAGAAUCUCCCAAUCUCUCAUCCACAGAUACAUAUACUCACAAUAUCCAUUCCCAGCCUCAAAUCGAAGCCCCCCCCGAGCGAAAAGAAUUCAUUCAACCCUGCAAGGCACCCCCUCCGGUGAAGAACUACAUCGCUCAAGUCAAAACUGAAGAACUUGAGAGCUUCAUCUCAAUCAGGAGAUACUCUGUAUACUUGACUCCUUCCUCUCUCAUCAAUAAACCAAUCAGACUUGUACAACACCUUCCACGUUCAAAGUUGUACACCACCCACUCUCUCCUCUUAGUAUCACUCCAGUUGUUUCUACAGUACUCACUACGUUCUAGCCUACUGGGUGGCGGCGAGUUGGUAGUUGACUGAUUCAAUACAUACAGCCGACCACUUUUAAGCUUAUUUCCAAUCCACUCCUCACUUUUCCUGGUACGUUCAUCCUUCAAACUUUCUUCUCUCCUCUCAUUUUCUACCACCCAUCCUCAGCCCCACCCAACACACCCAUAAUAAAUACCUUCCUCUCCUCCAGCCUCCUUUCUUCCCCCCUUCAUCCUCCACAUCCCUUAUACCCCUCUCUCGUCCGUCGAUCGGCCGUUCUCCAACACUAAUAUCUUCUUCACCUUCAAAACUAAUAAUUAAUCUGUUUCUUUGGGUUUACCAAUCCAACUACACACAUCCUUCCUCUCUUUCUCUCUCUCUCCUUCUCAACCAGCAGCAUCUCAAUACACACUACACCUUUUUUGUUUUAUAUAAGUGCAAAAAAAAAUCUGUCUCCCCCCCCCCCCUCUAAGCAUCCGAAACUGCCGCUUGGAAUUUGCCAAGACUCAAAACAUGAAUCAGUCCCCCUCUUCCCCUCAGCCGGCUCGCCGGACACUCGAUUCACUCAAGAAACACUCUUCGGCUACUCACAAGAACCUCUUCGGAAGUGGCAAUUCAUCCUAUGAUUCUCCGCUUGCCCAUCUCUCCCCCGCAUUAAGCCCGGCAUCGGCCCCUCUCGCCGAUCAAUCCACCUCUCGUCGAUCAAACUCUUCCAGUCAAUCCAACCCAUUCCUACCAUCCUCCUCAUCUCACACGCCCCCAGGCACCUGGUCCGUCUCCGGCAAGCUCGUCCGGAAAAAAGCUAGCGGUCUGUUUCGUGAGGCUGCACGCAGCUGGGGUCGAUCGAAGAGCAAAGAGGUCUUGGCAUUCGGACUAGGCGUCCUUAUCGGCAACCAAGAUGCACAAGCCGCUAACUCACCACCACCACCACCACCACCACCCACACACCCAACACCCCCUCCAUUACCAUUGCCACCGAACCCAUCCAUCCUCUCCUCCGCAUCACCCGCUCUCAUCGAGCAUCCGCAACAGCGUUCAACCCCAACCGAGCCGCGUAGGGUGAACCCGCCAUCCCCUGUCUCCCUGCACCAACGAUAA